UAAACCCACAAUUAAUUAUGUUUUGUACGUUAAUUGUUGUAAUUCUAUUACUAAUCGCAAAUCAUUCGAGCGCAGAUUGCACAGUAAAACCAUUCAAACCCCAAGCACCGUUGCCAAUCAAAUCGAACACCCGCGAACCAGCAAUCAUCUACCCCUCGUACCAACAAACCGAAAUAAACCUACAAACCGGCGAACAAGUCCACUUCAUCUGCCCAGGCCACGAUGUACUCUACGGAGACAUCCGAACCCCCACAUCGGUAGAAGCCACCUGCGACUCCUCCGGUCGAUUCGACCUAAUGGGCAGACAAGUCCUUUGGGAAGACAUCCGCUGCAACGGCGACAUCGAAUCCAAAGCCCGAUACACCGCCGAUAACGAGCGAUGCGGCAACACCGCGAAAUUCGCAGAAGUGGGAUUCGAAGCUGGCGCCGGCCGGUUUCUCCCAAUCAUGAAGAUUUGCUUCGAUUACGCGAAAGAAACACCAAUUUACGUGCGACAUACCGUCAUAUCGAACAUCAAUAACGGAGAUAAUUCAAGCACCAGACCGUUCUUCGCGCAGGAUCCAGGUUUCUACAGGGCGACCAACGUCGAUCACUAUUACACGAGGAACAAGCACAGGUCGACCAUCAACCGGUUGCUCGGGUUGCCCGAUUGGUCGGAUAAGUUUGUAAAAGGCGGCGAUGACAAGCGGUUCAUAUCCCGCGGCCAUUUGGCCGCCAAGAAGGACUUCUUCUACAAGUCAUUCCAGCUGGCGAGUUUUCGAUUGUUGAACGCGGCGCCGCAAUGGCAAACGCUGAACGGGUUCAACUGGAACCAAGCGGAAAUCAACACCAGGGACUUGGCGAGUAAUCGGAAUGUGGAUUUGGAGGUUUGUACUGGAGUGUAUGGUAACGAUAGGCUUCCUCACGAGGCUACUCACCAGGAGGUUGAGUUGAAUUUGAUCAACAAUGGGAAUUUGAACACGUUGCCGGUUCCUGGGAUUUUCUGGAAGAUCGUUUACGAUCCCGCGCGAUACAAAGGAAUUGUACUGAUUGGGAUAAACAAUCCUUAUAGUAUCGAUCAACGGAAUUUCAUUUGUCCUGAUGUUUCUAACUCGGUGAGUUGGUUGACUUGGAAUAAGUAUAAUAUGCUCGAGGGUUAUUCCUAUGCAUGCACUAUCAGGAGUUUUAGAUAUGCUGUAAUUAACGAUGUACACGUGCCUAAUGACAUACCCGAUCUUACGGAAGAUAAUUUAUUGGACUGAUUAUCUGUUUACCA